UCUUUUUUUUGGCUGGCACUGUUUGAAUCGGUGGGAGAGAGAGAAGGGGGAGACGGGGGCGAGCACAUCGAAGACGAUGGCCUGCGAUGUCGCCGCCGACGAGCCACCCGCCAUCCCCACCGCGCUCGACAAGGCCCCCGCCGUCUGCCCCGCCCAGGAGCCCCGCGCGACUGACAACUCCCCCGCCGUCUGCACCGUCCGGGAGCUCCGUCCGCCAUGGGCAGGGGCCCCGAUCUCUGCGCCGGCGACACUGAGCAUGCGGCACACGAUAGAAUGAAGGGCUUGCACCCUAGUUGAGAUGGCCGAACUUCUAGUCUGGAAGACCAUGCAUGCUUCUUCUUUUUUCUCAGUCAGCUCUGGGAGCUUUUAAGCAAAGAUACAAAUCCUGACCUUUUGGAGACAAACAACAGUAGCCAAGAACAUGAUUCAGGGGAUGACACCAUGAAUCACAAACAUGAACAAAGUAUAGUGGAUCUGACAGAAAUAGACGCAUCUGACGGCAUGCUGUUUGACGGCUUGAGAAGAAUUUUAGAGGAAAGACAAGAGAGGAAGCAGGAAAGGAGUGCUUUGAAAGAGAAAAGGAACAAGAGGAGAAGGCCAGAGGAAGGAAACCCAAACGACACAUUAACAAAGAAAGAGCAACUGCAUACAGCAGAUUUAGCAUUGGAUAUUUCGCAAAGAUUGUUGAUGUUGUGUGCAAAAGCAAUCAUAGGAUGGAGGUUGUUAGGGAUGGUGGUUUUGGAUACUUGCUUGAGCUAGAUGAUUGUUAUGUUCCACGGCCAUUCGCACAGUGGGUCGCGGACAACAUAUCCACAAAAGAUGAAGCAAUUGUACUUGGUGGGAAAUCAAUUCCUCUCAACCCUGAAGCCGUAUCAUUAGUUCUUGGUAUACCAGCAGGCGGAACAAAGAUCACAGUGCUAGACGAGGAGUUUGGCAAAGCGGAGUUUCUAUCACUGUUUGGGCUAACAGAUCUUCCAUCCAUAAGUUUCUUCGGGAACAAGAUUAUAAAUGAAGAGCUGCCUGACGACGUUUAUCUUCGCUGCUUCUUGAGUGUCGCACUAGCAACCUUCCUGUGUCCCACAUCCAACACAAAGCCAAGCACCAAAUAUUUGGGAGCACUUGUGGAUGUGUCAAAGUCAAAAGAUCUUGAUUGGUGCUCUUUUGUCCAUACAUGGAAUAUCGCCUAUGUCAAGAAGUACCAAACAGACAAGCUGAAGCAGAAACGGAUAACAACCACUUUGGGAGGCUGCAUUUAUCAGCUAGCAGUUCGGUGUCUAGACUUCAACAAUUUUGGAUCAAUAACAAUUCCACCAGCACUACCCAGGGUUUGUUUUUGGAAAGGACAAACCAUUAAACAUUUCAGUGAUAUGCUAAUUGGGAAAGAUGGAUUAUAUGUAGCUCUUCAAAUAAAAGAUGAGGCAGAAACUUGCUAUGCAGAAACUGACGGUGCAUGGGCAAGCACCGCCAAGAACUCAAACAUCCAAAAAGCUCUAUAAAGGGUCUUAGGCAACACUUUUUCAGAUAAGAUCAAAGAAGAUAUAUUCCUCAAUUUCCAGGAGCGUGUAAAAGAUCAAAACCUGACCACUUGUCUGAUAGCAAAACAAGUUUUGCUGGAUACUUUGAACAUUGUCUCUUCUUCUUUUAAUGGCUCUCAACAUACAGAGAAGUUAGAGUCAUCCGAGCACUUGUACUUGACAUCCGACAAAGAUAAUUGGUCUGGCAGUACUAUUAGAGUUGAUUCUAAUGGGAUUGAAAUUGGCAGUGAUCGAAGAGGCAGGAAGAAGAGAAUGAAGACGAGUACACAACAGUCAAUAACUUCAACAACAAAGCACACCUGAAGUUGACACACAAGGAGUCAAAGCUGAAUUGCAACCAGUACCAUGGAAUGGUCCUAUAAAUGAGCGCAAACAUCAAGAUGAAAUGGAAGUAAAUUCUGAAAUUGCUAAAGGAUGUACACAUAUAGUUGGACAACCGGUGCGUGCUGAAUGCAUUGCACUGCAACAACAAGGAGAAAGCAUGAACAAGGUUGGCCCUGCUAAACACAACCAAGACACAAAUAUGUUGGAUGGACAUAGCAACAUCCUCGAGCGCAGUGUCAAUGCUUGUCCUAUUGAAAUAGAAGCACCACAGAAAAGCACUACCCUGAACUACAUGCUAUUAUCAGCUAGAUUGGCAAAAGCAGUGAUGAGCACGACACAAGUUAACAAUUCAAAGGAAGUAUCCACUAGAGAUGUACAGACAACAUUCAUAGGGUUAGAACAUAGUACUGUUAACAACAAUAAAACACAGCAUUGCAUAGACACUAGUACCAUGGAGCAACGAAAUGAGAAGCAAGCAGUGGUUUCUGAAUGUGUGGAACAUCAAAACAACAUUGACAAAGAUCAAAACACUGCGAAUAAUGUCAGCGAUUACAAGAAGCGCGUUGAACUUGAUAUAGAUAUCAACAUAGCACUAUCAAACAACGAUAAGCAACAACAUGUCAAAGAGUUAUAGGACACUUUGCAUCCAUUAGAUAUUGCAAGGCAAAAGUACUUCUUCACAGAUGAUGCGACACCUAGCUGCAGAAUUCUCCCAGACCAUGAUGAUUGUGGGAAUCAAAUAGUAGAGCCAGAAUUGUGGCGCCCAUUAGAGAUGAACUCGGAAGAAUAUAAUUCUCAAAUAGAGGAAGCAAAGAAAAAAUAUCCAUGCAAUGCAAGCAAGGAUGAGCAAGAAGUGCAAGGAGAUUCCUCCAUACAGUGUGCGCAGAGACAACCCGUGUCCACAGGCAUUUGCAAGUACAGAGACUUUCUUCCACAGUUUGAAGAAAAGGAUGGCAUCAUCGACUUGAGAUAUUCAACAACAGCAAUUUUAGGGAAGAGGAUUUUUUCAGAUGAGUUUGAUGAAAAUGAUGAACAAGAAGGCACUAAACACCAACCAAUCCCUGUGUCUCCGGAUGUUCAAGUUUUGGGGGAAAGAUCAUUCAAUGGUUCAUGCUCUAGUAUGGUAAACACAGCGGACAAUUUAUACAACACGAAGCUAUCAUUAGGCACUUCAUCAAGUGGUAAAGAGAAUUUGCCUCCAAAAAGGAUAACACACCCAAGCAAGUGGCUCUCCUCACCAUAUGAUCACAACGAGAGAGGACCUCUUCAGCCACAUGAGAUAGAGCUACACAGGGGCAUAGUGGCACUAAGCAAAGUUGAACCUCACAGAAGCAAAGUGGUUGUGUUGAUUGACAAAACAAGCCUUUUCCUUGGACAACUUGGCGAUUCAUUUGGUGUGAGUGGUCACGUGGAAGCAUAUGUUUUCAAUGUUUUCUGUCGGAUGCUCUUUCGAGAGAAUCAUCCAAGGAGAUCAAAAACGCACUACUUCUUCACUACACUAGGUGAUUAUUUUCUUGAAAAUUGGAAAUCUGAAGAAGGAAGGAGGGAAAUGAAGAGAAAAACACUUAGAAGCUUCAAUGGAGCUGGGAAAGCAUUGCCUCUACACGAAAGUGAUCGUAUCUUCUUUCCGUCAGUACAUGAUGAGCACUGGUUCUUGUUCGUUGUUGACAUUAUAGCAAGAAAGUUUGUCUUCCUAGAUUCAUAUUAUGAAGGGAACACACCAUUCCACAUCGGGAUCAGAGAUUUGAUGAUAAACAAUUUCAUAAAAACAUGGGAAGAUUCUAAUCUGAGAGGAAUGAGUUUCAGAAAGUUUGGUGUAGAGUACCCAAACAUGCCAAAGCAAAUCGGAAGCGACGCUUGUGGGAUUUUUGCUCUUAACUGGAUGCAAACUUGGGCUUCGCGAAAUCCUAUGCAGCGACAGUUCACAAUGAACGACGUAGCAAACGCAAGGGUCAGAUUUGCUGUUGACAUUCUAUUUAGUAUUCACAACACAGAGGAUCAAGGCAAAAUACUCGUCCAGAACUUCGCAUGGUAAAUUGAAGGUCAAGGAGGCCAACCAACUGCAACAUUCUCUGUAAUGGAUGGAGGAAUACUACAAUAAAGUACUUUAGCAAGAUGAUCAAAAACAAUCACAAAAGUUAAACAACAUCACAAAGUGUCCGGUGUACAUGGAGGAACGAUAUGUUUUUUUCUUUUUCAUUUGAAAGCAAAUCCAAGUUGUAUAGCAGUGUCGUAGAAACUGGUCAUUACCCAGAAAACAAUUUGGAAUGUCCCAUUUUGUUUUCAGAUCAAUAUCGAAACAUCGGUUUUAGAGUGUUC